CUCGCGACGUCCUGGCCCCGCCCGGACAGGUGGCUCGCCCCACCCUUGGACGGGCGCUGGCCGCCGGGCACUGCCCGGGGUUGGUAGCGCCCAGUCUACUGAGCCUCCCGCCCCUUCUCCCCGCCUUAAAAGCGGCCAGCCGGGGCCAGGCGGGCAUGGAGCGCGCCGCUCGGCAGCGCCAUGGAGUGGAGCGAGGCGCGCCUGCUGGAUGCGCUCGCCUACCUGGAGGGCUCCUUCGGUUGCCUGUGCCUGGCCAUGCUACCGCGGCUCGGCUCGCCCUACGGCCGCUACUCGGAUCGCUGGCCCGGGCCGCGGGUGCCCGCGCGCGCCGCCUGGCUGCUGCAGGAGCUGCCCUCGCUGGUCUGGCCUCUCCACGAGUGCGCGCGGACGUCUGCUGCGCGCCUGGGCUGCCGGCCCAACUGCGUCCUCCUGGCCAUGUUCCUAGUCCACUACAUACAAAGGACAUUGGUUUUCCCAUUCCUGAUUCGAGGAGGAAAGCCCACCCCACUGCUCUCCUUUGUGCUGGCAUUUGCCUUCUGCAACUACAAUGGCUACCUCCAAAGCAGGUAUUUGAGUAAUUUUGCCAUGUAUGCUGAAGACUGGGUGACACAUCCCUGUUUCCUGACAGGUUUUGUCUUGUGGCUAAUGGGCAUGGUGAUAAACGUCCAUUCAGAUCAUAUCCUGCGGAAUCUCAGAAAGCCCGGGGAGACUGGAUACAAAAUACCCAGGGGAGGUCUGUUUGAAUACAUAUCUGCCGCCAACUAUUUCGGAGAGAUCACGGAGUGGGGUGGCUUUGCACUGGCCAGCUGGUCCCUCCAGAGUGGGGCGUUCGCUUUUUUCACAUUUUGUAUUUUGGUCACCAGAGCGAAGCAACAUCACCAGUGGUACCAUGAGAAGUUUGAAGAUUACCCAAAACUCAGAAAAAUUUUAAUUCCAUUUCUGUAUUAAGAGCCUUCUCGUGGCAUUCCUCUAGACACAUAUAAAAUCUUACCUCUCAUUUCUCGCUGUUUCAUUGUUUUGGGUUAUGCUUUUGGGUUUUGCCCUAGUAAACGUGUUGGCUUGUACGAUUGUACACUGGGCUCAGCUCAGCUGCAGACAAGGGGUUUGCAACACCCCAGCUCAGGAGCCCCAAGCUCAUGGUGUCAUAGCUAGUGACUUCUCUAGUUUUGAGUGUGCCUCUUUGAGUGCUGGGAUUAAAGACGUGUACCACCACACCUCUUUUUUGCUUUGUUUAUUUCAAGGCAGGGUCUCACUCUAGCCCAGGCUACCUGGAACUCACUCUGUAGUCCCAGGCUAGCCUUGAAUUUACAGUGAUCUUUCAACCUCUGCUUCCUGUGUGCUGGGAUUAAAGGCUGUGUCACCACACCUGCUUUAAAACAGUAUUUAUUUGCCAGUGCACUCAAGGAUCAGUCGUGGCACCUGACUGCAAUCCCAGCACUAGGGAAGUUGAGGCAGGAGGAUCACACACUCAAGACCAAGCUAAGCUGUCUAGUGAAAUCCAUUAUAAAAAAACAAAAUGAAUUUUUUUAAAAAAGCAGUGCACUAACAGUACCUGAAGAUGAGUUCAGUAUUAAAAUGCACUGCUUAUCUAAAUUCUGACGUUGAAGAGGGCUCUCCAGCCAGAAGGACCCUGAACUUGGAGGCCCUGUGACACUUAGAUGAGGACCCUGCACCCAGCACCACCCAGGACUGCUUCUGCCUUGGCCUGUGUGCUGCUGCCCCUUCUCAGCAGGGCCAGGUGAAGGCAAGGGGAAUGUGUGGUGAGCCCCCCGCCCCCGCAGGCACACCUGAAGGCAUGAACUGAGCCCGCACACUGUCCACCUUCCUGGGCCCUUCACAACCUGGGCUUCCUCCACGAAGUAGCUUUUAGCAAAAAGCAGUGUUCUUGCAGAACUUUCUUGUCAAAUGUACCUUUGUCCUUUUUCUGACCAAGUAAUUGUUUGAAAACCUAAAGCAAUAAGUCUCUUGAAAACUCAAAAAUGGGGCCUAGUGUUGAUGGUUCUGGGUACAUACAUUCUAGAUUUCUGUGGCAGAAGUCACAGAAGACCCAGUGAUAGUCACUGUGAAUUUAACAUAUAUUGGUGUGUGUGUGUUUCCCUCCCUCCCUCCCCCUCCCUCCUCUUCUCCCCUCCUCCUCUCCCUCCCUCCCUCCUUUCUUUCCUCUUCCUCUCCCCUUCCUCCUUUCCUUCCUUCCUUCCUCCUCUUCCCCUUCCUCCUUUCCUUCCUAUCUUCCUCCUCUCCCCUCCCUCCCUGUAAGCACUCCCUAUCUAGAAUGCAGCCCAGGGCUUUGCAGUUGCUAGACAAGUCCACCACCACUGAGUCACACCCAGUCCUUAAAAGAACAACGUGUGUAAACAUCUGGACUAGCCCUGGGUUCAGUGCCUGCUUCCCCAGACUUGGGCAGUGCUAAGCAAACCUGUUCUCUGACACUGUACUCCACUUCCUAUGCUAAAACCUGUACUUAAUCAAUUAUGUGAAUUUUGAUGAUUAAAGAAAUUAAUAAAGUUUGAAGUCCA